CGACCGCUGUGCCAAUCAUUACCGCCCAGCGUGACGUAGAAAGACUUCCUCUUUGCUUCUUCUAUCGACUGUUGUUCUUAAAAUGGCGCCGUUGGACCUAGAUAAGUAUGUUGAAAUUGCGAGACAGUGCAAGUACCUUCCAGAGAACGACUUAAAGAGAUUGUGUGACUAUGUAUGCGACUUGCUACUCGAAGAAUCAAAUGUACAGCCAGUAUCCACUCCAGUCACUGUAUGCGGAGAUAUUCACGGACAGUUUUAUGACUUAUGUGAACUCUUCAGAACUGGGGGCCAAGUACCAGACACAAAUUACAUUUUCAUGGGUGACUUUGUCGACCGAGGAUACUACAGCUUAGAAACGUUCACGUAUUUGCUAGCACUUAAAGCUAAGUGGCCUGACCGCAUCACACUGUUGCGUGGCAAUCACGAGAGCAGGCAGAUAACACAAGUCUAUGGUUUUUAUGAUGAGUGCCAAACGAAAUAUGGAAAUGCUAAUGCCUGGCGAUACUGCACUAAAGUAUUUGACAUGCUGACUGUUGCUGCUUUGAUAGAUGAGCAGAUCCUUUGUGUACAUGGUGGCCUUUCACCUGACAUCAAAACUCUUGAUCAGAUACGCACCAUUGAACGCAAUCAGGAAAUUCCUCACAAGGGAGCAUUUUGUGAUCUUGUCUGGUCUGAUCCAGAGGAUGUGGACACCUGGGCUAUCAGCCCGAGGGGAGCUGGCUGGCUGUUUGGUGCUAAGGUUACCAAUGAGUUUGUCCACAUUAACAACUUGAAGUUGAUUUGCCGUGCACAUCAGUUGGUUCACGAGGGCUACAAAUUCAUGUUUGAUGAGAAGCUGGUGACCGUCUGGUCGGCCCCAAACUACUGCUACCGCUGCGGUAACAUCGCCUCCAUCAUGGUCUUCAAAGACGUGAACACAAGGGAGCCCAAGUUAUUCCGGGCCGUCCCUGAUUCGGAAAGGGUCAUACCACCUAGAACGACAACACCCUACUUCCUCUGAGUUCCUCAUUGUCGCCUGCGUCCAGCCCUCUCCUUUUCAUUGUUCGUUGUUAUGGUCUUUAAUUUCUGUUGCAUUUUUUCUUUUUUGACUAUUUUUUGUAAAGAUCGAAGUGCUCUCCAGAAUAACAACGGUAAACUAUGGUCAGGAUUAUGAACUCUUUAGACUGUGUUUAAGUUAGUCAUUAUUUGGUCAGUGCAAUCUUGUUAAUGUGAGCGUGUGACCGUAAAUAAGUGGACAUCCUCAUGCUCUUCUUACAGGGCUUUAAAUGUAGAUCUAACAGCCAUUGACCAUUUAAUGAUAAAAGUUCAUGAUGUAACAACUUGCCUGAUCGGAGCAAUGUGGUGUUUGUGGUUUUUUUUACAGAACAGAUCAGAAAGUCACUGACACAACAAAGUACUGGUCCAAAUUUCUCCAAAACCGUGACACUUUUUGUUGCUUUCAAGUGUAGACAAGGGUUAAGGCCAUGACCAGACAACAGGACAAAGAAGGCUGUGAUUAUUUUGUACAUUUAAUAUAAUUGUAUUGAUUUAAUCCUCUUUUUUUUUUUUUUUUUUUUUUCUCAGAUUUGUUGUAUUUUAUUAUUGUAGAAAAACUGCAGCCCAUUUACCAAUUAAAUAUUGAAAAUAAACACCUUUAUUAUUAAGUUACA